GAAUCCUACCAGCUCAUCACAGCGCUUCCUCCUGCAGUGCCAUCAAUAUACUCAUCAAUUGCUCCCGUCGCGCGUCGCUGAAAACCGCCAAGAUGCCACGAGAUUUAUUAGCAGACAAGAAGACGCUGGAUAGCAUGCCCAAACUGUCAAGAACCCCAGAGACCGUCGCUAGCCCGGAACCCGUGGAGCAAUCGUCGAAUAGUCUGGUGCCGCACCGCAGCUCCCAUAUUGCCCAGGAGGAGAGGCUCAAACAGAUGGGCGUCAGGCCUUACGCUUCGCUGCUCAAUGUGGCCGACUUGGACGACUGCGACUGGCUCGAGCAUGCGGCUUUUGAUCCUAUUGAAGCUGCAACGCGGGAAAAGCUCGAAUACCGUCUGCAAACAUGCGGCGAACUCUGCAGCGGGCUCUUCUCAUCGGCUUACCCCACCAACUCCGGCCCCCUGGGUGAACUUAUCAAAACUCGAUCUUUUCCUCACAUAGACUCAUCAGACAGCGAUCGGAAGCGCGUGCUACUGGCCCAUAUCAUCUCUACCAAGGCAAAGUCGCCCCUCGUUACCGAUGACGCCAUGGACUACCCCAAGGACUGGAAGACAAAGUACCAACUCGCCCCUAGUAUAGGCCAUAACGAGGAUGGCCAGACAGUAUGUCUUCACUCUCUUUGCGUUCACCCCAAUUUUGCGCGCAAGGGGCUGGGUAUGAUUCUGCUGAAAAGUUACACGCAACGCAUCAAGGACGCGGGAGUAGCCAGUCGCAUAGCACUUAUUUGCAGGGAUCGCUAUAUACCAUUUUAUGAAAAGGCCGGGUUCAAGGAGGUUGGCCCGAGCAAGUGCCAGUAUGGUGGUGGCAACUGGGUGGACAUGGUGAUGGAUUUUGCGGACAGUGGAGACGAUGGGUGGGACCAUUGAUUUCGAAACUGCCUUACACGACUCUAACGACGAAAAGAUUUUCUAGCAAUGCACAUGAGCGUAUAGCGGGGAGUUUACGAGUAGAUUGGACAAAAUCCUCAUAUAUACAUUAAAUGUUUUAUCACUCCACUCAAA